UAUCUGCGUUGAAGAAAAGCUCCCCGUCCACUGGCUGCUAUGACCUAGCUACCGGACGACACUUUCUGUUUCCAGGACUGACCACUGCGUCUGAAAUACUUUUGGAGCUUUUUUCGGGCUACCAUACAUUAUAUACAGAGACGUUUAUGGUCGCAUUACCGCGACUUUUCAACCGUAGCUGCUGGCCUCUGAGGCUAGCUGGCUAGCUGAGUUGUGACAGAGUGGAGCCAGCUGGUCGGACAGAGGUACAGUAACGUUAGCAAACAAGCUAAUUAGCAAGAAAGACUCAGUGUGGAUUACUGUGUGUAAUCAAAGGGUGCGUAAGACUGCGGGUUUACCCACUGCGGCAAAAUGAAGAUAACUGUGGAUUUCGAGGAAUGCUUGAAGGACUCUCCGCGGUUCAGAGCCACCAUAGAGGAAGUAGAGGGGGAUGUGUGUGAGUUGGAAUCCAAGCUCGACAAACUGGUGAAGUUGUGUAUUGGGAUGAUUGAUGCUGGAAAAGCCUACAAUGCAGCCAACAAACAGUUUGUUAAUGGGAUCCGGGAGCUAGCCCAGCAGUCCACCAAAGAUGAAGUCAUAGAGUCCAGUCUCACAAAGUUUGCUGAGAGUCUGCAGGAGAUGAUCAACUAUCACACGAUAUUGUUUGAUCAGGCCCAAAGAUCAAUCAAGACCCAGCUUCAGACAUUUGUAAAAGAUGACCUACGUAAGUUCAAAGAAGCCAAGAAGCAGUUUGACAAAGUGAGUGAAGAAAAGGAGGCAGCGUUGAUCAAGAAUGCUCAAGCUCCCCGCAACAAGCAGCAUGAGGUGGAGGAGGCCACCAACAUCCUCACUGCCACACGCAAGUGCUUCCGACACAUCGUCCUCGAUUACGUCUUACAGAUCAACGUGCUACAAUCCAAGAGAAGAUCAGAAAUCUUAAAAUCAAUGUUGUCCUUCAUGUACGCCCACCUGACAUUCUUCCACCAAGGUUAUGACCUCUUCAGUGAACUACAACCGCUAAUGAAACUACUUGGAGGACAGUUGGACCAGCUGGUGGUGGAUGCUGCCAAAGAGAAGAGAGACAUGGAGCAGAAACACUCCACCAUCCAGCAAAAGGCUGCUCUCCAGGAGGUAACUGAGCUCGACUCUUCACCAGACUGCCGCAACUUUUGCGCUUGGAGGUCGUCCUCCGAUUUCUCGAAUGACGACACCAAACUGGAGUACAAUGUUGAUGCAGAUAACGGCAUCGCUAUGGAGGGUUAUCUGUUCAAGAGGGCCAGCAAUGCCUUCAAAACGUGGAAUAGGCGUUGGUUCUCCAUCCAGAACAAUCAGCUAGUUUACCAGAAGAAAUUUAAGGACAACCCUACAGUGGUGGUAGAAGACCUGAGGCUGUGUACAGUCAAACACUGUGAGGACAUAGAGCGUCGCUUCUGCUUUGAAGUCGUAUCACCCACCAAGAGCUGCAUGAUGCAGGCAGACUCGGAGAAGCUGCGACAGGCCUGGAUCAAAGCAGUCCAGAACAGCAUUGCUACCGCCUUCAGAGACAAGGGAGAUGAUGGAGAGAAACUGGACAGAAAGUCAUCCACAUCGACAGGGAGCCUGGACUCUGGUGGAGAGCCAAAGGAGCGAUCACUGAAAGGAGAGAGCGCUCUGCAGAAGGUCCUGGCCAUCCCGGGCAACGCCUGCUGCUGUGACUGUGGGCAGCCAGACCCUCGUUGGGCCAGCAUCAAUCUGGGCAUCACCCUCUGCAUACAAUGUUCUGGUAUUCACAGGAGUCUGGGAGUGCAUUUCUCCAAGGUUCGCUCGUUGACUUUGGAUACAUGGGAGCCAGAACUUUUAAAGUUAAUGUGUGAACUGGGAAAUGGAGUGAUCAACCAGAUCUAUGAGGCUCGGCGAGAGGAGUUGGGUGCCAGAAAACCACAACCAGGAGAUCAAAGACAUGAGGUUGAGGCCUACAUCAAAGCCAAAUAUGUUGACCGGCGUUUCGUCCGUCGGCCAUCAGACGAGGAGCUUCGCAACAAAGUGGUUUCUUUGAGCAAACAGGAGAAGAGGCUGAGCAGCAGCUCUGAACAUCUGCCCCCAAGACCACCACCGCCCACGCCUAAACUCAGGCCGGGCUCAAACGUCUCUGGACAGUCAGUAAAAAGUGCAGACAGCGGCAUCCAGAACAGUGCUGAUGGGAGCAGGGAGAUGCUGGCCAACACCCCUUCCAAUAACAGCCUGGCAGAUGCAGAAGCUGCAGAGUCUCCGCCCAUGCCCAUGCCUGCCACACUGCCUCCUCCGUCCCCCUGUAAGGAGGUGGUUUUCUAUGAGCCUAAGGAGUACAGCCCAGGUCUACAGCUCUACUGGGCCUCAUGUGCCCGCAGCCUGCCUGACAUGGCUGAGGCUCUAGCCCAUGGAGCCGAGGUCAACUGGGUCAACACAGAGGACGACAAGAGGACACCUCUUAUCAUGGCAGUGCAGGGGGGAUCGCUGGUGACCUGUGAGUUUCUGCUCCAAAAUGCAGCUAAUGUGAACCAACAGGACGCUCAGGGCAGAGGACCGCUUCAUCACGCUACCAUGCUUGGACACACAGGACAAGUGUGUUUAUUCUUAAAAAGAGGAGCCAAUCAAAAUGCUGCAGACAUUGACGAGAAAACACCCCUGACGAUAGCAGUGGAGGCAGCCAACGCAGACAUUGUCACGCUGUUGCGACUGGCCAAGAUGAACGAGGAGAUGCGAGAGGCGGAGGGGCCCUACAGUCAGUCAGGCGAUGAAACCUACCAGGACAUUUUCCAGGAUUUCACCCACAUGGCCUCAAACGACCCGGACAAGCUGAACCGCUACCAGCAGUAUGACCCACAAAGACCUUGACAUAACAACUACACCAUCCUCUAGCACUCAAAGACACUGUCCACAAACAACAGAAAGACAAAACGAUGUCUGAAGAAACAUCAAAGAUCAUCAGAGCAGAGCCGCCACAGCUGGAAUCAUGUCAACACAUCUCAAAUGGAAAAAGCUUCCUGGAUUUUAUUAAAUCAACUUGUGGCUGUUUUUGAUGAAGGCAUUUCAUGUGAGUUUGGAGGAAACUUCUUACAACCUCUGUCCUUCCCAGUUGGACUAGUUAGUCAAUGGUACAGUGUUGGAGCCUUUAAAAGGUGCAAAAUUUGAAAAAAGCAUUGAUCUGAGUCUGAAAGAAGAGCAGCCUCUAAGGCUGUCACUUAUUUUGCUUCACUUGUCACACUUUCUGAUGAAAAGUUCAAACAUUUUUAGUAUAUUAAGAACAAAUCAAAUUGCAUCAGAAAUAAAAAAUAUUAGUGUUUAACUGACUGUUAAAUACUCCAUUUCAACUUCUAAAUACUUAGUCUUUGCAGUAGGAUUCUCUUUUUAAACAUACACAAAUGCUACAGGAUCUUUUCUUCUUGCUUUAGCUCUCUCUGCAGCGUAUACACGGCAGUCUGAUUUCCCUGUGUCUUAAAUCACCACUGAUUUUUACCAGUUAUGCUGGUAAAUCUUUGACGUGUUUAACCAUGUACAGUGAUUAUAGAAGUAAACCUGUUAGUAAUGCUUCUGUAAUGUCAAAUACAAAGACAUUUUUCUAUUUUAAACGUUGGUUAUUUUUAACUAAAUCUGAAAUUUUCAUCUCGUCACAUUAGUACCUGCAGUACGUCUGUGAGGAUAUUAGUCUUUUAGCAUUAAUGUUUUUUUUUUUAAUAUUAAAUAGGUUCAGUUACGUUAAACAAGUCUUAUUCUCAUACUGAUAUGAGAAUAAUAAGUUAAAAAACAGAAGCUCAACUUUACUAUGGACUAGAAAUAUGGGUAGCGCUGUAUUUUUUGUGCAACGUUUUUUUCAAGGAAGUGGUUAAUGUGGUUAAAGGUGCUCCCUGAAAACCUUCCUCAUGAAAUCCUUGUUUUUUUGGUUUGAAUGGAAACGUAGUGUAGUUAAAGAGGGGAUACAAACCAUAGCACUAGCUUUGCAACAACAGAAAUGUUCAAUGAAACACUCUGUAAAUUAUGCAUCAGAUUAUUGAAAUGAAUGAUGUGACAUGUACCCACACAACACUCUAAAAUUUCUGCUGCAUUAAGUUCGGAGUUUCAGAUAGUUGGUAGUGACAGUUUUCACAAUGUCCAGGGGUCUCAUUUAUAAAACAGUCCAUGGAUUCCAUCAUGAAAGUGUACAUUCUCCUUUUUACCUUAAAUCUCACAAAGGCCCUUCAAGAGAUGGGUGUUGCAAAUUAGCAUUCACUAUGAAGACUGUGAUAACUGCAUGUGAUGGCUGUUAACAGCAGUUAUUGUAGUUGACUAAAACUAAAAUAAAAAUAGAAUUUUAGAUAAUUGAAACUAAAUAAAAACACCCCCUAACUAAAACUUAAAUCUGUGCUUAAAGAACUAACUAAAAAGAAGUUUCAGUCUUUGACAACAGCAGACUGGCUGACAUGAACACCCAAGCCUGGGGAGAAUAAAACUGCCUGAUUUGAUUGAAGAAGACUCAGUUGCCAUAGUGUGAAGUCUUCUUCAGAUUAAUAAACCCAUGUGCAUGUACACCUGCACGCAGUGCUCUCUUUAUAGAUCAUAAUUCACUUCUACACACUCACAUAAAAACUCAACGCAAAGCACAUCAUGAAUGAAAAAUAGUUCAAAAUGAGCCGGCAGAAAAAAACCCAAAAACUUUUAGACACAGAAAUCAAGGGGUUUGUGAAUGAAAAGGAGGGUUAAACCACACAUUUUAUUUAAUUAGUACAGUAGGAGGGAGGGCCGGGCAAUUAAUUGAAAUUUGGAUUAAAUCACAGUAUGGCCAUCUGCAAUUUUCAGUUAAAUUCAUUUUUUGAGGCAGAUGUUAUGCACGACACAGCAUGCUUCAAGUGUCAGUUGACACCAAAAAUGAUUUCUGUUAUAAUAUAAAAUGAUUUAUUGCUGGGGUUUUUAUUUUGUCUUUUUUUCAAGGAACUUAAAAGACAAAAACAUAAAUCCCAAUUGCAAUAUUGGGGGAAAAAAAAAUCAUAAUUAGAUUAUUUUUCCGAAUCAUUUGUCCCUAGUAGGAGGGUCAUAAAACAAAAACAUACUGACACCACAUCGCUGCUGCAUUCGUGCACGUCUCCUGCAGUGCCAAAACAUUCACUAUUUAUCAUAAUGUAUGACUAUUACUGCAGGUGAUGAAGAGGUGCCGAGUGUGCAGAGCAGACACUGCAGUGCAUAUAUACAUGCUUUGCACCUCACUGCACACAUUUGUUCAAACUAAACAUCACACUAAAAGAAUUUAAAAAUAUUCAAAACACUAUCGGCCAUAUCGUGUCUGCAGUUGUUUCAUGCUUUAUGGUGUAAAUUUGCGUCACCUGCACUCCAGGUCUAUGAAGGCGAGAAUAAAUACUCUGGGGAUUUCUUAAUUUCUUUUAGAUAAAUAACUUUUUACAUAAAAAUGUAGAAUAUGGCUCAAUAGGCAAGUGUAUAAACUAAAAUGAUAGAUUCAAUAUUAUAAAUGCUAGUUUGCUGCACACUUUUCAGUUAGUUUUGUUUUUAUAGAUCAUAAACUUGGUGCCCAGCAUUUAUAAAUAAGACCCCUGAUAUUUGGUAAAUUAUAGCAGAAGUUCUGCCAGAGUUUAAAGUGAGUCAUCAUUUGAACUUGAGGAGAAGUGGAUUUAGUUCAGAUAUAUUUUACAGUCAGUGAAAUGUUCAAAUCUAAACUAGUUUAAUGACAGUACACUUCUGCAGGAUACAUCAUUUGAGCCUUAAAAACACUUCUCUAUUAACAGUCAAUAAUAAGAUAUGAUAUGAAGUGCAAAGGAGUCUUUCAGCCCUGGUGCAACAUGGGAUACAAUUCUUGUACAUUUUGUACAGAUGCUUUUAAUUCUCCAGAGAAAGUGAAGUAUAAAGUUAGUGGUACUUGAAUCAUUUAUAAGCUUUUGUAAAUGCUGUUCUUCGUAUCUGUUGGUGAUUUUAGCUCAUUUUUAUAUUGUUCAUCUGUAAACCAGUAUACAUGUACUGUAUAUUCUACCUGUAACAUGUUCACAUAAACUUCAAUACAUAAGAACCAU